CAAACCAAUUCAAACUGUCAAAGAAUGUGCUUACUGCUUCGCGCUUUUUGUUUACUUUUUGUCUUUUUAGCUUUUACUUGAUUUAAAUCCUAAAUGAAAUGAAAGCGUUGCUGAAAAUUAAAAGGUUGUAAUAAUUACAGCAAUCAUUAAAAAAAAAGUUAUCACCCUUGGUGAGUGCGUUGAAAAAAGACUAAAUAGAACUAACCUUAAAAUGGGUGAUGAAGAUUUUAGUAAACUUUUACAACAAGCAGAACAGUUGACGACUGAAAUUGAGGGCAAUGAAGAACUUCCAAGAGUCGAACGGUCUUUAGGCCAGGUCCUAGAAGCCUCUCACGAAUUAUAUUCGAGAGUAAUUCAGUCUGGGCCGAACCAGAUACAAGCCCAUGUGUUAUUUGGGUCAAAAGGGAUUGACUUGCAACAGAUAUCACAGAAACUAGAAACAUUAUCUUCUAAAAGAACUUUUGAACCUUUGCAACCUAUUGCAGAUUCAGAUAUUGAAAGUUUUUUAAAAAAUGAAAGAGAAAACGCAAUACUAUCACUCAUUGAUGAAGUUAACAAGAAUUCUCUUCAAACUACAGAGGACCAAAAAUGGGAGCACAUGCUGUCUGAAUGGAACAAAGAAAAAAUUAAGCUAAUGAAUGCCAUGAUAGGGCCCUCUCAGAAUUGGUUGGACCUCAAACGCACACCAGAGCUCCCCAGCAUUGCAGACACUCCUAAGAAAUUUGGUCAUUCCAUGUUAGAUAGUGUUGAAGCAGCAUACGCUAGACAAGUACAACAAUAUAAUAAGCUCAUUGCUCAUGGUGCCAAAUCUAGGACAGCUUUGCAUCAAAAAUUCUUACAAGUUGCAGAAGAGUUUAAUGAUCCUAAAGUAAAAGAAAUGUGGGAAAUCAUUAAAACUAUGGCUAAUAUCCCAGCUCUUGUCAGAGAUGAAGAUCCCUUGAAAGCUAGGGGGAAUCCCACAAUACAAAAAUGUCUUAUAGCUCAGGGGAAGAAAUAUUUAGAAAAGAGAUACAAACAGUACAUGAGCGAUGUUGUUCGAGCCAACCCAGCGGCUGCAUUGCGAGGUGGUGAGCCAGGAACAUUCCCCUUGGUACGAGGAUUCGUAGGGCUCCGACUCCAGGGACAGAACAAUCAGGGCCUGACUGACGGGGUAGUUGAUGACCGACCUCUAUGGCCGAUGGUGUAUUAUUGUUUGCGAAGUGGGGAUGCAAAUGCUGCAUUGUAUUGUCUGAGAAAAGCUGGCCGAGACCACGAAGAAUUUAUAACGGCCCUAGAGGACCACAUAAGAGAUCCAGAGAAAGUUCUGAGUGACAAAUUGCAAACAGAAAUCAAUUUAAAGUACAGACUUCAAAUUCGCCACUCUACUGAUCCAUAUAAAAGAGCCGUGUACUGUGUGGUGGGAUGUUGUGACGUGAGCGACGAGCAUUCGGAAGUGGCGCGGACGGCGGACGACUACCUGUGGCUCAAGCUCUCCGUCAUCAAGUCGCGCGCCAACAACGAGGCUGACUCAUUCACUUACUCCGAUUUGCAGAAACUGAUUUUAGAAGAAUAUGGUGAAACACACUAUCAUGCCUAUGAGAAACCACUGGUAUACUUCCAAGUACUGACUUUGACGGGUCAGUUUGAACCAGCAAUAGAGUUCCUGUCAAGAAUACCCAGAUAUCAAGUUCAUGGCGUGCACAUGGCUUUGGCUCUCCACGAUGUCUAUAUGUUGGGUACUCCGCGCAACGUACAGGCGCCUUUACUGUCUGUGGAUACGGACGAUCCGAUACCGCUGCGGCGCUUGAAUUUGGCGCGACUGAUCCUGCUUUACGUCAGGAAAUUCGAACUUUCUGAUCCAUCGGAUGCCUUGAACUAUUACUUCUUUUUGAGAAAUCUAAAAGACCCCAGCGGCAAGAACCUGUUUAUGUGUUGCUGCACGGACCUCGCGCUCGAGAGCCGCGACUACGACCUGUUGUUCGGGCGCAUGGACGCCAGCACCGGCCUGCGAACUUCCGGUCUCUUGGACCAGUUCAACAACCCACACAUCGAUAGCAAGGUCAUUGCCCUUAAUGCUGCAGAACAGCUGGUGAACAAAGGCCUCUUUGAAGAUGCUAUAAUAGUCUAUGACAUAGCUGGGAACCUGGAAAAGGUGCUGGAGCUGUUCUGCGUGCUGCUGGCGCAGGUGGUGAGCGCGGGCGGGGCGGCGGGCGGGCUGCGCGCGCGGCUGGGCGCGCUGGCGGAGCACGUGUCGCGCCGCCUGCGCGCCACGGACGCGCCACCGCCGCCGCCGCUGCUCGACGCCUACAACAAGCUCUGCAAACUAUGCACCUUCUUCGACCACUUCCACGCUGAGAACUACGAGGCGGCGCUCGAGACGGUGCGCUCCUGUGAGCUGGUGCCUCUGAGCCGCAGCGAGCUGGAAGCGCGCGUGGCGGACGCGCGGGCAGCACGCGGCGAACUGCUUCGCGCGCUGCCGGCCGUGCUGCGUGCGCUGUGCCACAUCCUCAUCGCGCAGCGCCAGAAGCUGCGCACCGCGCAGUCUUCCCUCGCCGCGCAGACCGCCACCAAGCAGUUGGAGUGGUUGCGAGAGCAAGCUGAAGUCCUUAACAUAUUUGCUGGGAAUAUAGCGUACAGGAUGCCAGGAGACACCUACAGCCAGCUUGCUCAAAUGCAGAUUCUCAUGCAUUAACUUAAAAAAAAUUGUCAACAGUGUAAUAACUUUUAUUAUUUAAGAAAAAUAGGAUGUGAAAUAAAACUUGCUUUUAAAUAUAAA